AGUCACACUCAUAUUUCAUAUUCAUAUGCUUCAGCUGCCGAAAAGCCUCCUCUAAGAUCUCUUUCCAGUCUGUCGAUAGAAAGAACAUGAUAGCGAACUGAACACGUGCAGCUAGUGACUCGUGAGCAUCAAUCCGUUGGGAUAGACCUUUAACUUUUCGCUCUUCCAGCAGCCCGCUACGCCAGCUGUUGCGCCGCCGCCAAGCCAUAGAUUGGCAUUGGCUUCUCUCCGUCGGACAUCAAUUAAGACUAAACGCGCCGCCACGUCCAGCCAGACGCUCCGCCACCGAUUCAGCUUGUCAGCUAAUGCUAAUAAUAGUUGUGUUUCCUCGACGCCGUGCGAGUCUCACCCCCUGCAUCACUCUUCGGCUAUCAACUCAUUGCUCGUCCUCGUUGUUGUGCGUUCAAAGCCCAAGACAUCACCUAUAGCCUCUACACAUAGCAGAUCUCCGCCAAACUCUCUCUCAAGAUGAUGCGAAAGAAGACAAGCUUUACCACGGUCACACCGCUCCCGACCUUCAUUCCACGUCAGCUUGCUAUCGACAUGCUUCAUAGCCAUGAGGAAGUCAUCAAGAUCAAUCCACUAGUGCUGGACGUCAAGCCGACAGAGGCUCCGCGCGAUGCCCCUGCCGACGAAUUCUAUUCCACAUGGUACGAGAUAACUCAGCGCAUCCAGUACGUUCCUGGUAUGGGAAAGAUGGGUUCUGGAAAGAUUGCCUUCAAGGGCUGUUUCCACAAUAUGUCUUGGGGCCUACAGACGCACACCCUUGCCCCGGCAGGUGUGGAUCUCCGCAACAAGUGGCAAGUCUGUGGAAAUGAACCUGGCGAACCAGUCAUUGCGCAAGAGCUUGGGAUUGGUGCACCACCAGAGGGACUGUAUCUGCGAGAGGACAUCGAAGUCAAGUGCAACAUGGCCAUGAUUAGUUUCGUCAAGAAGGAACUAAAAGCUGCUUCCAAAGUCAUGGUAGAUCGAAUCAUUAAGAAAGCGGAAUUACUCGACUCCGGCGUACUACACGCCAUGUUCGACGAUGGAAAGCUCAAGACGUUCAACCCGGCAGACCGCACUGCUGUAGUGUCGCCUAGACCUGGCUCGGGACAAUAUCAAAAUCCUCUCGGAUCGCCUGUGGUGCCUCCGUCGCCCGGUUUUGGUGGAAAUGUUCAUCGCCCCGGGCACAAUGAAGCCAUACCCAUGGAGCUACCUGGCGACUUCUCAUAUGCCAACCAACAACCACAACAGCAACAACAUCAACAGCAAGGUUAUUUGAAUCCUCAAUAUGACAGAUACUCCAUGCAGUCGAAUCCAGGCGCGCGCUCACCAGGACAAGAAGGUAGUAAUUGGUCUGAUAACAGAAGUAAUAAUAGCUCACGCCCUACUUCAUACUCCUCAGACGGAAUAAGAUCUCCAGGUCCCGAGCAGGGUCAUUUCGCCGCAGAAUUACCAACCCAUCAAGAGUUGGAUGAGCACCAUACGGCCAACAAUGCUCCACAAGUCCCACCAAAAGUCCCCACCGAUCAAAAAUCACCUGCGAUAUAUCAGACAUAUAACCCACAAGACUACGGCCCAGAUCAUCGACCUGGCCAAAACACCCAAAGGUGGUAAGGACUGCACGGCCACUAAGGCUAUCCGAAGAAACUGUUAGCGGAUGGUAUCUUCUUGAAUGAAUAGAACGGAUGUUCACGAGACUCCUCGGAACCUCGUAUGAAUCAUGUCGGGCACUAGGUCGCGACAGUCUCCGCGCUACUUUAAUGAUAGACUGGCAGAGUAUACCCGUGCAAUCGCCACACGGAUAUUGGCGCUCUUGGAACCGAUUGCCAUGAAAAUGCAUGAGAUAUUUCCCUACGAACCAAAGCGCGUGCCCCGCGCUAUGAUACCCGCACAUAGCAUGGUUUGUUGGCAAGGCGAAGACCAUUGGUGCUUGGUCUGAUAAGCAUUGGGAUUUGACGCAAUACAACAUAGCAGCUACUACUUUAGUUUAUAAACAAGUAAUGACGAUAUUUACC